CAACUUUUGCAGAAGGGGCAGCGCGAGGCGGCGGAGCUCGGGCCGGCUGCUGCGCGGGGGAAGGGACGAGCGGAGCGGGAGCAGCGGGCGGGACGCGGGGCUCGUCGGGCCGGCGGGGGCGCGGGGAGAGGCUCGGAGGGAACAAAGGGAAGGAGCAGCGGUGCCCGCAAGACCCCCCGCCCCCCGCCCCGCCAUGGUGCAGCAAGCGGAGAGUCCCGAGGCGGAGAGCAACCUGCCCCGGGAGGCGAUGGACACCGAAGAGGGCGAGUUCAUGGCUUGCAGCCCGGUCGCCUUGGACGAGAGCGACCCGGACUGGUGCAAAACGGCCUCGGGGCACAUUAAGCGGCCCAUGAACGCGUUUAUGGUGUGGUCGAAAAUCGAGAGGAGAAAAAUCAUGGAGCAGUCGCCGGACAUGCACAACGCGGAGAUCUCCAAGCGCCUGGGCAAGCGGUGGAAAAUGCUGAAGGACAGCGAGAAGAUCCCGUUCAUCCGGGAGGCGGAGCGGCUGCGGCUCAAGCACAUGGCCGAUUACCCCGACUACAAAUACAGGCCCAGGAAAAAGCCCAAAAUGGACCCGUCCGCCAAGCCCAGCGCCGGCCAGAGCCCGGAGAAAAACGCGCCCCCCAGCAGCGGCGGCGGCGGCGGCGGCAGCAAAAGCGCCAAGAGCUCCGGUAAGAAAUGCAGCAAGCUCAAGCCCCCGCCGGCCUCGGCCUCGGCCUCGGCCUCGCCCCCCAAGGCCGGCGCCAAAGCCGCCCCGCACGGCGACUACGCGGGGGAAGACUACGUCUUCGGCGGCCUCAAGGUGAGCGGCAAGGCGGUCAAGUGCGUCUUCCUGGACGAGGACGAUGAGGACGACGAGGACGACGACGAGCUGCAGCUGCGGAUCAAGCAGGAGGCGGACGAGGACGACGAGGAGGACGAGCAGCAGCAGCAGCAGCAGCUGCGGCGGUACAACGUGGCCAAAGUGCCGGCCAGCCCCACCUUGAGCUCCUCGGCCGAGUCCCCCGAGGGGGCGAGCCUGUACGAGGAGGUGCGGGGCGGCGGCGCCGCGCACGGCAGCGGCAGCGGCAGCAACAGACUGUACUACAGCUUCAAGAACAUCACCAAGCAGAGCCCCCCGGCGCAGCCGCCGCAGCCGCCCAGCCUGUCGCCGGCCUCCUCCCGCUCCAUCUCCACCUCGUCCUCCGGCAGCGAGGAGGCGGACGACCUCCUCUUCGACCUCAGCUUGAAUUUCUCCCAGCACCCGCACGCCGGCGCGGAGCUGGGGGCGGGCUCCGCCGCGGGCAACCUCUCCCUGUCCCUGGUGGACAAGGAUUUGGAUUCGUUCAGCGAGGGCAGCCUGGGCUCGCACUUCGAGUUCCCCGAUUACUGCACCCCGGAGCUGAGCGAGAUGAUCGCGGGGGACUGGCUGGAGGCGAACUUUUCCGACCUGGUCUUCACCUACUGAGCGGCGGGGAAGGCGUGUCGCUGCUGGGAGCCACCGGGCAGAGGCAGGAGAGAUGAUGCUGGUGCUGAUGCGAUGAAAUGGGGAGGCGGGGGGGAUGAAAUCCUGAAAAGCAAAACAAAAAAAAGGCUCGUUUUUUCUUUCAAAAAAAAAAAAAGAAGAAGAAAAGAAGAGUGUCUCGAAGUUCGUUCCAAACCGAGCCCGGAGUUGUGAUUUUUUUUAUUUUAAUUUUUUAUUUUAUUUUAUUAUUUUUUUUCUCUUGCAUUUGGUGAUCACAACAACAACAAAGGCAAAUGGGACUGGGGGAAAAUGCUACAGAAGGCGCUGUUUGAAGCUGGUCGGUCUGUGAUUGAAGUCUGGAAGAUGGUCUGCGAAGAAGUCUUGUGGCAGCACAACUGUUACUCAAGGGGGUUUGUGGAUUUUUUUUUUUUCCUUUUUCCGUGAGACAGAGAGAGAGCUUCAAGAACUGUUCCGGUGUUCUGCUUUUUUUUAAUUAUUAUUAUUAUCUGAAAGGGACCAUUGCAACUUUUUUUGGAGGGAGAAAACUGAUGUCUUCUAUGCAUCCGAUUCUUAACAAAGCUGCAGGGAGCUUGAAAAAAUGCAGACUGUACAAACGCUUACAAAAAACAAAAAAAACAAAAAACAAAAACACUGAACUGACUUAAGAUCAGAGUUUACUUUUCAGAUCAAAUUGUUUAUGGUUUUACAAAUGUGAUUUCUACUUGCCAACUUUUUUUUUGUAACUUGUUCCCUUAUACCUCCUUGAUUGAAUACCAGACAGCCUAGACCUCAGUACAAAAAGGUAUUGAAACAUUUUUGAUACAUAACAGACCUCAGUCUUUUUUAAAAAUUAAUAUAUUUUCAGGCGUAUUUUUGUACAGUGAAAAGGGAACAUUCUUGCUGUGUUUUUUCAGUAAGACUUUUCAGGCACUUCUUCCCUUUUAUUUUUUCUUUUUAUUUUUUUUUCCUCUGUUUUUAGCAUGCAAGUUUGUUGGUACGUUACGUCCUGGUUUUAAAAGGAUUAAAAUUAAAAGAAAAAUAAUCCUUGCAUCUAAAGGCCUUGUGAUUUUAAAAAGAAAUAAGAAACAAAACACUUUUUUUUUUCCUUUUUGUACAGCGAUAGUUCAGAUUUGUUCAAUAUUUGUAGGUAAAGAUUUAUUGAAAAUGGUGAUAUAGACCUCAGAGCUGUUAUCUUAGUUUAAAAGAUUGUAUAUGUACUGUACUAUAGUAGGACUUUAUGUAUCUCAUACGCUGUGAUAUGUGGAUGGGGCCCCAGAUGGAAGGUAUGAAACUGGAUUCUCGAUUUUAGCAAAAAAAAAAAAAAGAAAAAAAAGGAAAAAAAAAGAAAAAAAAAUAAGGCACAUAGUUAAAAAAAAUAAAAAGAAAGUUUCUCAUUUUGUGCAAUAUAAAUCUAAAGUACAGACCAUCUGCCUCUUUUGUAGCCAAGGAUGGCGAGAGCAGACUUGUGCACUGUCAACAUCAGAGCCUGUUUUUUUUUUUUUUUUUUUUUUUUUUUUUUUUAAUGCUGAAAGUCUGUAUCUUUGACAAUUUUAAUAAAUCAGCUGGAACUGAUAGAAACUCGUAUCGCUGUUCCCAGUGUGUCUAGCAGAAAGGCGGUGCGGGAGCCGGCGCUGCAGGCUGCUGUGCGGGGGGCGCAGAGAGGCGGCGGUGCUUGCCGGGGCCACGCCCGGCCCCGGCCCCGGCCCCGGCGGCGGGACGCAGGCUCGGACCCCCGGCCCUGUGUCCGCGGCUGCCCCUGCAGUCCGGCGCGGCCGGGGAGCGGGCGCGGCGCUGCGGGCGCAGGGGGGUGUGUCCGGCCAUGUGCGCCGCGCGCGGGCUGGGGGCGGCGGCUGGCGCGGGCUAUUUUAGGCAGCGGGAAGCGGCUUCCCCACCCCCAGCGCGGCCGGAGGGGGAGCAGCGUCCCCGCGGGCUCCCGGUGCCAGGCGCCCGGGCCUCCCCGCCCCGCCCCGCCCAGCCCCGCCCCGGGGCCCUGCGCGGCGGGAGGGAGGCGGCGCCGGGCGCGCUCCGCCGCGGGAGCUCGGGCUGCUGCUCUACCCGGCCCGGCCCGUCCCCGCCGCCGCUCCCGCCUGCAGGACGUGGAGGCAGGAUGCUCCGGGUAGCGGGGCUGUCUCUGCCUCUGCUUCUCGGCCCCAGCACAGCGGUGGGGCUGAAGCUCCAGCCCCCUUUUUCUGUAGUCUUGAGCCGGCCCCGUGCUGUGCUGGGGAGGGGAGACGGGGGGAGGGCUGCUGCCGACCACCAGACUGCCACACGUGCAUUUUUUGUUUCGUAGGAGCCAUCAGAGUUGAGUCAGGAGCUGCUGAUGGCCAUCAACAGACUCCCAAGGUGGCAGUGUCUUUCUCCCGAAGUUGACUUACACCCAGCUAGGCAUUGGUCCAUCCUCUCUUCUUUUAUUUUCUUCUUACUGUUUUUGGUUUUUUUUUUGUUUUGUUUUUUAAUUUGAUCCACUGAGAAAUGAUCCAGCUGUUUACAAGGACAAUUCACUGUGCUGGUAUUUUGGUGGCAACCACUGCUACAGGCUUUCAGACUUGCUGAAAAGGAAAAUCCUACGUACACAUUUGUAAGGCAUAAUAAAACAUAACAGUAAAAACCUGCAUGCAUGUUAUGUUUAAUCAAAGAGAACUCUUAGGCAUUUAAGUGGUGAAUAUCUAGGUUAGUUAAAUAAGCUGGUAGUAAAAUGAUUAAUAUAAUCUGAUCUCUUAUAAUAAGAAUAAUAAUAUUAAUGAUAAUAAAACACCACUCAUGAUUCUAAAUAAAAGUUUGUUUGGCCUAAAUCUUUACUUUGAGAAAAGACAUAUAGCAUAUCUUGGGACCUAAAUUUAUGUCUUGCAUUGUGAUGAUUCUUUAUGAGAAACUGUGUUUUAAAACAAACCGAAGUCCAAUACACAAAAUAUCCUUGGCAAUGGAUAGUCCUCAAUAAAGCAGAGUUUUUGAAUUUUCAGUUUUUGGUCUCAAAUGAUUAGUGCGUUCUCCAUAUAAUAACUUAGAAAUUAGGUUGAAAACAAAUGACAUUUACCUCUUCUAAGGCAAAAAAAGGAAGGAAAGAAAGAAAGAAGGAAUAAAGUGCUCUAACCUAGCCAUUAGCUGUCCUGCUGUUGAAAACUAGUUCAUGGGCUAGGUUGAUGGCAUGAGUUGAUCAGAUUCCCAUCUUUUAAAACUGAGCCAAAAUUCUCUUAGCAAUUCUUCAAAUUAUCAUGAGAGGAUGUGUGGACGUUUUCUUCCAGUCCCUUCCUUCUGAUAUGCAUCCUUGUGUAUUAAUAAUAGGCAGUGUAAUUGAACAUUUGUGCUUUGCAAAUGUUCACUAAGUUAUGAAUGAUUAUGGUCAAAAGUAGGCUGGAUUUAGUUUGUAAUAAGAUCUAGUUGUCAGCCCACAAAAAUUUUGACACAUAUAUUUUUGGAGGAUAUUUUUAAAAUUACCAUUUUUAAAAUAUUAAUUAAGGAUAACUAAGCUAUCAAAGUAUAGAGCAGUCAGGCAGGUCUACUUUAGUUGAAGAAAUAAAAUACCCUGUCAAAAGAGAGUCUGGGGUAUGUGAGGGAACUCUAUGAUAUAUGAGAUAGAUAUAUUGAGUAAAGGUACAGUGUAUAGAGAGAGAGUCUAUAAUUUUUGUCCAGAAAACUUGAGUUUUUUUGUCCAUUUUCAGAGCUUAACUUUACAUUUUUGCCCCAAGCAAGCCACUCCCUCUUUUGGGGCUAGUUUGCUCUUGUUGAAAUCAAUGCCUAACUCCUACUGACUUCUGUGAGAGUAAGAGCAGUGUUAGAGUCACUGGAAGAUCACAUUAGUUAGGCAACUUUCCUCUUACACUUUUAUCCAUUUUCCCAGUUCUUUACUUUCAAAUGUAAAUAUAAUUCUUUUGGACUGCCAUCUUGGAGCAAUUGUUUUGGUCCAGGGUUUGUAUCACCUCUCUCCUUUUCAUUAGGUCUUCGACCAUAGCUCUCUAAGUGUAAGCAAACUUAAAGAGGAAACUGAUUUUUUUAUCUGUAGAAAGACAAUUUACUUUGUAACACUAAGGAUUUCAGUUCAGCUGAAGACCUAGUGACACAUGAUGGUUUUUUAGAUUUUAAAAUGAACUUUUUUCAAAAGUGAACUCAAACUUACAUUUUUCUUCUUGGUGAUUGAAUGUUGUUUUCACUUUCCUUAACUUUAAAAGAACUAACUCACAAAAAAUGUUUCAAUCCUUUAAGGGCAAAGUUUCACAAGGGCUCAAAGGGCAUGUGGUGUGUCUCAGAAAUGUGACAUACUCUAUAAGCAUCCGCACCUACUCUCAGUGACCUUCUCCAGGUGUGGAGUCUAUAGAAUGUGGUUUGCAUGUGUAUGGUCUGAUUUGUCACUUAUGCCAGUAUAAAUCAAGUGCAACUUCGUAGUUACACCAAUGUAAAGCUGGUAUGAAGUCAAAAUCAGAGCCAAAUAGUUUUAGUUCUUUGAUAUUAAACAGGUAUUUGCUCAGUUUCUCCUCUCUACCCUUGCCACAUCUUCAUAUUUGAUGCCUGGUAAGGCCUUAAAUCUGUACGUUACAAAAAUUCUCAUUGAGCUUCAAGGGAAUUUUUUGCCUCAAGAAGGACUUGCAGGAUUAAUCUCCACUUUCCUUGUUAUGUGGAGAACUUGGUUGUUUUUAUCAGUUCCCCUUGAUCUUCAUUUCUAAUAAUGGCUAAAUAAAAAGAAAAAAAAAACUCCAUACAAUGAGUUGCCUUAACAUUUCACCUACUGUACAAUUUUAUUCCUUUGGCUUUUUUUCCCCACAUUGAAGGCUGUGAUUUUUUUUACACACUACCUAUACCAAUUAACUGCCUAAUUAGUUUUAUCUUCUCUACAUGGAUGCAGUGAAUUUGUAAGAGAAUUUCACAAGCAAGUAGUUUUUUAGUGAGUUUAAAAUAAAUAGACUUUUAAAGACCUAUUUUUAUAUUCAAUAUAAAGCACAAAUGUGCAGAAAGUGUAGAAUAACUUACAAAAAAGGGAAACAAAAGUUCAUAAUAUUUCAUGUAUAAGAGUAAUACUUCCAUUGGGUAGAGAUUCUUUUAGAAAACCCAAUGCUUAUGCCAGUGCAAAGAUAGGAAUAUUUUAAAAAACUCUUAGAAAAUGAUGAUUGACAGCAAUUUCAAAGGAAUGACUUCUAUUAAUAAAAGCAAACCCCUAUAGCAAUAUGGACAAGCAGGGGGUGAAUGGUUUUCAAUGAUGAACAAACAACCUGGAAGUGUGACAAUGGAGGUUCCAGUCCUUAUUAUUUAAUCAAACUUUUUCCUGUGGUUAGUUACUACGCAUGGAUUUUCUGUGAAGUGGAAUCUUGCAAAAUGGGAAUGGGAGCCAACCUACUAAAGAUCUGUGAAAGCUACAGAAAUUAAGUUUAUGAUGAGUUUAUAUUAUCAUGGCCCCAGCUCUCAGAAAAUCAAGACAUAGUGUUUGGCCACCUGGAGUUCCAUGAUCAAGUAAUAACUAUUAAGCUAGGAGCUCCCAUUGUCACAAUUUGUUUUUGUUUCCAUCUUCCUGCUUAUCUCCAAAACUAACUUGCCUCAACUCCUGGGUAAACCAGGGAGAAGAGUUAUAUGCCAUUGUUAGUUCAUUUGCAAUUUCUAUCUGGUUUUGCUCUUGUACAUAUGUUGGAGUUUUGGAGUCUCUACAUAAAUGCUGUGAUACUUUUUUUUUUUCUUUUCGUGGGCUGUUUUAAAAUGGACGCCUAUUUUCCAGUGUGGGACUUUUGAUGGUUACAACAUUUCAAAGAUGUUGCAUGAUGGCCACAGGUGGGGGAAAUUGAAUGUUUUAGAGCAGUUUUUCAGCAUGACACUUUUAAAAUAUGUAAUUUCAAAGACUUUUCAAGGCCACGUGAAAUGAGUUUUCAUAGCCACUCCAGGUCUGGGGGGAAAGCUGAAAAGUACUUUUGUUUAGAAGUCUGAGUGAUGGUGGGGGGGAAACCUUUUCUUAAGGUUUUUGCAUGCCAGUGCACGGCCUAUUGCUGUGAGACAGAAAGAAGAUGGUAAAGCUGCUUGAGGCAAUGCACUGGAGGACGAAGUGUUUUCUAGCACUAGAAAAAGAAAAUGCAUGGCAAAGUUUUGUCUUCUAGUAGACUAUAUAGCAUGCAGAGUUUAGUAUGUGUCAAAACAGUGUAUGACAUUGCUGUAUCAAAGUUGUAAAAUUAAGCAUUAUUUAUUGAAAACUAUGUAUUUUUUUUGUAAAAACCUGAUCACCUAGAGGAUUAAUAUCAGUGACUUGUGCUAGUGCUACAAUCUUAACCAGCUUCUUUACUACAGUACUUGAUAUGCAGUGUUAAUGCUCAGGGUUGAAAACAGUCCACUCCAAUGUCUUUUUUUGCAAGAGUUUUUAAAUAAAGGAACAGACUAAUUCAAAUGUUCAAAAGACUCUAAUAAAAUUGUGUGAUCAAUCUUC